AUGUAAAGGUUUAUGGAUUCAUAAAUUGCAGAUAAUGAUCUUUUGGCAGCAGCUAAAACGGCAAGCUCUUUUAAUGAUAAAUUAGAACAUGAAGUUAGAGUAGCUGCUGAUUUAGAACCUAUUCCACAUUUAGGAGAGUAUCCAACUAAAUUAAAGAUGGAUCCUAGUAGAGAUCCACCAUCUUCUAAUGCUGCAUCUAAAUUAGAUGAAAAAAUAUAAUAAAUGAAAUAAAUAGUAGCUGAAGAAUCAGUAUUUAAAGUUGGAUGGUAGGAUGAUGAUCGUUUAUACAAUUAAAUUAUUGAUCAUCUUAUUUAAUUAGAUCCUGAAGAAUAACCUGAUCUUCUACUCCAAAUCUUAAAAAACGAAAUGCGUUCAAACAGAACUAGAGUUAUAUCAAGAUUAAAAGAUAUAUUAGCUAUGAUCAUUGAUGAAACUAUUUAAAUUCCACUUGAAAAAUUAUAUGAACUUUCUAUUAGAGCUAAUAUGGAAAUGGAAAUUGAAUAAGUCUUUUUAGAAGAACUUAAUAUCUCACUUGAUCCAAUCAGAAAUGGAGAUAUUGGAGAAGCUGAACAAUUAGUUGAAGAAUUAUAAGAUCUAGAAUAAUUAAAUGAAGAAACUAUUCCACAUUAAGAAUAAAUAUCUGUACCUAUUGAAUAUUAAAUUAUAUUAAGAAAAGAACCCAAAUUUAAGAAUAACAAUUAAUUAAAUCCUAUUGAUAUUAUACCAGUUAAUUAAGUGCAUAUUCUUAACGAUUAAGAAAUACAAAACCAUAAUAAAUAAAAAAUCAAGUAAUAUACCAUGAGAUUAGAUGAUUUUUUUAUUUCUCAAUAAGGUGAGGAAAAUUAAGAAUAAUUAGAAGAUAAUUAGGAAUAAUUAGAAGAUAAUUAGGAAUAAUUAGAGGAUAAUUAGGAAUAAUAAGAGGAUAAUUAGGAAUAAUUAGAGGAUAAUUAAGAAUAGGAAUAAUUAGAAGAUAAUUAAGAAUAGGAAUAAUUAGAGGAUACUUAAGAUUAAGAAUAAUUAGAAGAUACUUAAGAUUAAGAAUAAUUAGAAGAUACUUAAGAGUAAAUAAUGGAAGAUAGUUUAUAAUAAUAAGAUUUUGAACCAGGUCCAAGAGAAUUAUUUAGAAAUCCUUAAAUACCUUUUGAUCCAAUAGAAGAGAUUAUUUAAAAUGGUGGAUAUAUUCCUCAUGAUUUAUUUAAUCCUUAACAUAGAGAUGAUAUUUAUGUAAAUGAUGGAUAAUAAUUUAUUCCUCUCCGUCCAGAAGAAAUGGUUUACUAGAAUAGACCUAUAAUUCCUCAUGAGAUGUUUAAUCCAAUUAAUGAAGAUGACAAAUAUAAUAUUUAUGGAGAAAAAAAGGUAAACAAAGAUCCGUAUUUUCAUUAUAAAUAAGGAAAUCCUUAAUAAUAAACAGAAUUAAAAUCUGAUGUAGCUUAAUCAAUAAAUAUAGUUUAAGGAGAUGCAGAGAUGUAAUCAAUAAACAUAGUGCUUGAUCCAGUAUAAAUGUAAUCAAUAAAUAUUUAAUUUGAUGAAACUUAAGCAGAAUAAUAUAAAUAGCAAUAAUUAUAUCAUAAAUAUAGAAAUGAAAAGCAUUUUAUAAAUAGAGAUAGUUUCCAUUAUCCAAAUGAUCCUCUUUAUCCUAAUAUACAUACAGUGUAAGAUCACACAAGGAGUCCAUAUUAUUAUUAAGGAUAUUACACAGGAGAAGUACCUCAACAUCAAUAUCAAUUAUAUGAGCCUCCUCUAGAAGAUCCAAUACAAGAGAUUGUGAAUGAAGAGUAUGCUUAAGAGAUUCCAAAUGAAGAACUAGUUCCUCCAGAAGAGGGAAAUUAAAAUUAAGAUGUCAUCCCUGAAGAAGGUGUAAUAGAAAUUGCACCAGAAGAAGGAUCAGGAAAUGUACAACCUGAAGAAGGAGGAGAAGCUAUUCCAGAAGAAGCAAUAGGUGAAGCAAUAGGUGAAACAAUAGGUGAAGCAUUACCUGAAGAUAAUCCUAGUGGAGAAACAAAAGGGGAAGAAAAUGUAGAAGCUAAUGCUGAUGAAAAUGCAACUAUUAAUACAGAAGAAAGUAAUAUUGAAGAUAAAGAUGUUUAAUCAGAUGAAAGUAUUUAAUAAGAAGAUUAACAAGAAGGAGUAAAUGGAGAAGAAACAAAAAUUACAGAGAAUGAAACCAAUGAAGUUGAACCUGUAGAAGAUUAAUAAUAGGAGUAAGAAUAAGUUGGUGAUGAAAAUCAAAUUGAUAAUACAGAAUAAACUGAUUAAGUAAUUUAAGAUGAAUAAUUAUAACAGCCUUGGAUUAAUUGGGAAGAAGUACCUGAUGAAGAGAUAGAAUAUUUGAUAAGUAGAUUAAUUGAUCCAAGAUUUUAUGAUCCUCAUCACCCAGAUUAUGAUCCUUAUGAUCCAAGAAAUAUCAUUUUUACAACUACUCAUUUUGAGAGAUCAUAGAUAUAUUUAUAAAUGAAAAACCCUUUAUUUUAUUUACCUGGAUAAGGUCCAUAUUCUAAAUUAAAAUAAUGUAACACUCCAGAAGAUCUACUAGAUUAAAUAACACCAGAUGAUAUACAUUCAUUGGUUAGUGAAUGGAAAAAAAGAACACAACAUCAUAAUUAAUAAGUUUCUGGUCAUGGAUAAUAAUAAUAAUAAUAAUAAUAAUAAUAAUCAUCUAUUUAUCGUCCUUUUUAAGAAUCGUCAACUUUAGAUUAAGAGGAAUUUAUACCAGGGGAAGUACCUUAAUAAAGAAAAAGUUCAGAUAGUCAACCUUUUGAAUUUGCAGAUGAAGAAUUUAUUACUCCAAGAGAUAUUGGUAAAUUUGGUAGAAAAAAAGCAUAAUAAAUGUAAGGAUUAGAUCACAAUGAUCCAAGAUCUUUACCUAAUUUUAAUCCAGAUAAAUCUAAUUAUUUUGGUAAUAAUGAAUAUGUAGAUGAUUAAAAUCCAAUUCUUAAAGUAAUAUAGGGUAAUAAAAUGUAAUAAGAGGAAAGAGGAGAUUAUUAAUAGAUGAAUCCUGAUGAAUUUCAUCGUCCUCCUGAUUUUGAUGAUGAUAGGCCUUAUAAAACUGGUAGAGAUGGUAAACCAUAUGGACAUAAACAUAGAGAAGAUUGGCAUGAUGAAGAUUAUUAUUAUGAUGAAUAUGAUGAAUAUGGAUAUGAUGAGGAUUAUUAUGAAGAUAGAGAUGGUGAUGGAAUUCCAGAUAGGUAUCAAAGAAGAAAUGAUUAUCCUCCUUAUUAUUAAAGAAGAUAACCAUAUGCAGAUGAAUAUGAUCGAAGAAGAUAAGAUCAUUAUGGAAGAAGAAGAUAUGAUGAUUAUGAUGAUAAUAGAUAGGAAGAUUAUAGAUAUUCAAAUAGAUAUAAUAGAGAAAAUAGAAAUUCGGAAGGAAGAAGAAGAUAUAAUGAUGAUGAUGAUUAUAAUUAUGAUUAUGAUCCAAGAUCUUCUAGAAAACCAUAUCGUAGAAGAAAGGAAUGGGGAGAUGAUGAAGAUUUAGAAGAAGACAAAAUUGCUAGAGAAUUGAAUAAAUCAAAAAGAGAUAUUAAUAGAAGAAGAAGAUAUUCAUCAAAAGAAUCUGAUGAUUAAUAACCAAGAAUUGAAGAAUUUCAUAUCUAUCAUGAUCUUGAUUAAUAUUCUUAAAAUAGAGGAAUUAAUGAUAAAAGAAAUAGAGAAGAAAGAGCUAUGUAGGAUCCUAAAUAUCGACCAGGAAAUAUUAAUGGAUCUCCAUAAAUUAGAGAUACUACUAGAGAUGUUGAUGAUUAUCCAAGAAGAAGUACACCUGAAGACAAGGAUUAAAUGGAUUCUUCUGGAAUUGCAUUUGCUAAGUCUUUAAGAGAAUAAGGAAGACAAAAAAGAAAUAAAAAAAUAUAAGAUGAAAAAUUAAAAUAAAUGGGUUUGAAGAAAAAUAAAAAUAAGAAUAAGAAUAAAAAUAAAAAAAAAUAAAAUAAAGAUAAAAAUAAUGAGGAGAUAAAAUAAUAAAAUAAAAAAGAAAAUGAUUAAUAAUAAUAAUAAUAAUAAUAAUAAUAAUAAUAAUAAAAAGAAUAAGAAUAAGAAGUACCAUAAUAAAAUUAAAAUAAAUAAUCUUAAUAUAAAGUAUAAGCAUUAGCUGCUAAUAAAUAAAAUAAUGUUAAUAAUAGUGAUUCACUUAUUAAACCAUAAAAUAAAGAUACCACUAAAAGAGAUAUGUCUAAAGCUAAUGAAAUAGAUGAACCUAAUCUUAAACAUUAAGCAAGAAACAAUGCAGAAAAAAGUGAUGAGAAUAAGGCACUUGGUAAAAAUGAAGAACCAUUAUUAAAUAAAAAUAAAAAAGCAAAAACUUUAUUGCAAAUAUCAGAUGAAGAUUGCUCUCAUUUAGAUAGUAGAUCUAAGACUUAUACCUGUAUUUAAUGUAACGUAAUUAUUAAGUAUAUUUUAGACUCAAAAAUCUUAUCAUUUAAAUGAUGAUACCUGGUAUUUAAUUGGUUUAGCCUAAGGAUAUAAAAAAGAAUUUCAUACAGUUUUUAAACUAAUCAAAGAAUUAAUUAAUCCUUAAAAACUAUAUACUAGUUUUGGAACAAAUAGUAAAAUUUGUUUUAGCAGCUAAGAAAAGUAAUUAAUUAAUUUAGAUAAAAUAAUUACUUUAUUUAAAGGACAAAAAGUUACAAAUACUUUAAUUAAAUUACCUGAAUAGCUACAAAUGUCAUAUUUCUAAUUGUCAUACAGCAAUCAAGAGUUUUCUGAUUUUGAAUUAGAAAUUGAUGACAACAGUAUUCAAAUUGAUAAAGCUGGAAUCAGAGUUUCAAAAAUAAAUAUCAUUUGGCAGACAACUUAAGUAUAAUUAGGAUAUCAAGGCACAAUAAACUUUUAUAAAGUUUAGAGAAAAUUUGAUUAUAGAUAAAUAAUUAGUGAGGAUUGCACAAAUGAGAAUCUUAGAAUUUAUUUACACUUUCCUCAUGAUUAUUAGUAUUCAGUUUAAAUGAUUAAGUAAAUAUUUAAUAAAGAAUAUGUGGAACUCUAUGAAUAAUACUUACUGUAAUAGAUAGAUUAAAAGGAUAGAUGGGUAGUUGUGUAAUUCAAAUCAAAAUAAUGUGGAGAAUCAAGUGAGUAUGGUAUAUCACUUUAAUAAUGA